AUGGAUCCUGCUACUGAGGCAUACGCUCAGACGCUCAACAUCCACCACUUCAAGCCGAGCGAGGUGCCAUGGCGCCGUAUUGGCCAGUAUUUGUGGCGGCCGAUCGAGGAUGGAUCAAACACGCAGUACCGGCUGGCUGUUAUCGAAAGCCUGUUGCCGCCUAACACUAGUGGACCGGUAUUCCACUUCCAUGAAAUGCACGACGAGGGAUUCUACAAAGGAACUGUUCGCUUCCACUCUCCAGGACGUCCAGACAUAGACUGCAAGGCCGGCGAAAUGCUGACCGUUCCAAUCCGGCUUCCCCACAAGUUCAGCAACCCUUUCGACGCAGAAGCCGUGUUCAUCAACACGGCGACUCCCGGAUUCUUCAUCCGCUAUUUUGAGUACCUGGAGCAAUUGGUUGGGAGUGGUGCAGAGCUUACCCCUGAAGCUAACAGGGCUGGUCUGCUGCGUUUUGCAACCAUUCCGAUCAGCGACGAAGACGUCAAGCGAAUGGAAGCUGCGUCGGAGGCAAAGGGCAAGGAGAAGGAGACCACCUAG